UGUGGGGUACGGUAGCGUUGUUUUUGUUUUCCAGGUCAACUGAUAGUUUUUCAAAAUCGCGGUUAUUUUUUACACCUAACGUCGGAAAUCCUUAACAACUUUAUCAGAGACACCAUUGAAGUGAUAUCGAAGCUAAUUCAAUGGGUGCCAUCGAGAGCACAGAGGGAGAAAGGGAACCAUUGCUCGUUCCAACUCAAACCGAGACUAGCAUACAGCAGCCUGUGUACAGCCGAGUCUAUGGACGAAGAUGGCUGGUUCUCACCCUGUUUUCGUUGUUGGGGUUUAUGCAAGGGAUGGUAUGGAACACUUGGGGUCCAAUACAGGUCUCUGCGAAAGAGGCGCUCAGCUUCUCGUCCACGGAUAUCGCCGUACUAGUCCUAUGGGGUCCAGUGGGCUUCUUUCCAUGGUUGCUGUUUAUGUGGCUUAUGGAUAAAAAAGGUCUGCGGGCGUCCCUGUUGCUCUCAGCCUUCUUCAUGGUGCUGGGCUCUGCCAUGCGCUCAGUCCCCAUCAUAGACCUGCAGAUCAGGCGAUGGUUGAUUCACGGGGGGCAGCUACUGAAUGGUUUAGCCGGCCCCACCAUCAUGAGUGCCGGCCCCCUGCUCUCCACCACGUGGUUUGCUCCAGACCAGAGGGCAACCGCUACCGCCGUGGCCUCCCUGGUUUGCUACCUGGGCUCGGCCUGCUCCUUCCUGAUUGGCCCGCUCCUGGUGCCGGCACCCAACGGGACCGUAAACGCCAUUGGCAUGGUGUACAGCAGCACCGUCUCCACGGACACCAACUUCAUCAGAGACAGGAUACAGAUAGUGCUCUACGCAGAGUUUGGAAUGAUCGCUGUGCUGUUUGCCGUGGUGCUGCUGUACUUCCCCUCGCGCCCACCAUUGCCCCCCAGUGUGGCAGCUGCCAGUCAGAGGCUCAGCUACCGGAGCAGCAUCUGCAGACUGCUGAGCAACGUCCGGUUCCUGAUGAUUGCGCUGGCCUAUGCUGUUCCAACCGGGGUGAUAGCAGGCUGGUCAGGGGUCUUGGACAUGAUUCUCACGCCGGCCAACAUCAGCCAGGUGGACGCAGGCUGGGUCGGUUUCUGGUCCACGGUGGGAGGCUGCGUGUUUGGAGUGGCGAUGGCCAGGUUCGCUGACUCUAUUCGGGGGAUGUUGAAGCUGAUCCUGGUGUUGAUGCUGGCCGGUGCCUCGCUCUCUGCCACCUGGUUUACACUCACCUGCCUGACCCGCCUCACCCACCUGCCCUCCACCAAAGCCACGCUCUACACCUCCUGCAUCCUGCUUGGCGUCUUCAUCAACAGCAGCGUGCCCAUCUUCUUCGAGCUCUUCAUCGAGACGGUCUACCCAGUCCCCGAGGGCAUCACCUGUGGAGUGGUCACUUUCCUUGGCAACCUCUGCACAGGCCUCCUUCUCUUCUUCCUCACUUUCUACAUCACAGAUACAUCUUGGUUGAACUGGUGUCUGACGGGCUCCUGUGUCUUCAGUCUCAUUCUAAUCCUCAUGUUCCGAGAAUCAUACGACCGCCUCUACCUGGACGUCUUUGUGUCCGUCUGAACUCCUCGCCGACCAUUUUCAGAAAAGGGAGUACCGGCAGCCUUUUAUUUAAAGAGAAGGAAGGAACGAAAUUACGGUUUUUGCACCGAAUUGCACAAAAAGGAAACUGAAACAGUAACUGUUAGAGCAGCGAGACAAGUGCUGCGUCUGUCCUCUGUUUUUAUGGACUUCAAUAUUGUAAGAGGACAUGCUGUUGAUGUUGUCGUUGUUGUUGUCGUACAAGUUUCUAACAACAUUGACAGUUGCUUUCGUGAUAUUGAUCGGGAUCAAUAGAGAGAAAAAAGAAAAUGACAUGUCCUAGUGUCAACUAGCGUAGUCAAUGUUUCUUACCCACACCAAGUUGUUUUUCUCUCUUGGUCUUGCUAUCAUUUUUAUAAUUAUUAACAUUAUUGUUUUAUAUAUAUAUAUACACAUUGUCUGAAGGUGAUGACAAUAUCACCACUAUUUUGGGCAUGAGGGAUUUUUGUUGUUUACAAGGUUCAAGUGGGUUAGGAGGAGGGUGGAAUAGUUUUUUUCUUUUUUUAGACAUAAUUGACAAGUAGAAGCACUCAGCACUGAUAAACCACACACACUCUAAAUCAGACGCUUCCCAGAGGGUGGCGGCGCGCCCCAGCAAAAGGGAGCGCUCAGUGGUUUUAAAGUCACUCAUAACCCCCACUUUUGAGGAGCGUGGCUGGGGCAGAGGUGUACUGCUGGAGUGGGGAGAGGGGCAGAGCUUGCAGUGCCCUGUGAUCGGAGCCCUUUAUUAAGAGUUCCGGUUCCACAUCUCCCUCUCCACCCUACAGACCUAUUAUGCAAAUGGCCGUUAGCAGUCCCUUCCCACUCGCCAGCUUUCUGUUCUUAUGGAAUAGAAGUUGAUUGGCUAUUGCAGUUUUAUUUUUUUAAUUUUUUUUGUAAAGCGAGUUCAAAUUGGACAUGGGUUGCUUUGCAGUGUUACAGUGGCAAAACUGACAGCCUCCUAGCAGCCUUCUUAUUAAAUAUUUUUAUUCACUGGGUGUAAAGUGAUUCGCUUAGUAGCGAGUUAGCAUUUAGCAGUUGUGCCAUUUCCACACGAGGGCCCAGGUACUGGUGCCCUAUCAUGCACAGGGAUGGGGCUGUUAAUGACAUUUCAGAUGGCAGUCAUUGUCACCCAUCCUGUUCUCAACGAAGCCUAACCUCACUUGUGCUGAGCAUGUUUUAAACAUUUUUGUUUGUUUGUUUGUUUGUUUGUUUUUUAAACUCGGUUUUGAUACAGUUGUUGUACUUGUUCAUACUGGUGUUUAUUUAUACAAGGGAUCAAAACACUAAUUUUGUCAAAAUAACGCUGUGGAUAACAAAGACUGUUAAACACAUCAUCACAUCACGAGAACUGUAACUCUAACUUAGUCCACUUAAACACGAAGAGCUCCUGCACUAGUCGCACAGGUAACCUGAUGCAACUGCAGUGCACAGAGUUCACCAACAGGGAGCGCUGUGUCAAGCAAAGCUCUUCUCAACAGUGACUGCACCAUCCCUAACCAUGCCACGUCAGACAAUUGAUUAACCAUGAAUCCUCUUUUUUUCCUUAUUUUUUUUUUUUCUUUCAUUAGGGGCCUCUUAAGGAGAUCCCCCAGCAAGCUGUGACCUCGAUUCAGUAGUAAAGACUAGUGCAGAGACUUUUACAGACUUGGACCCACAACCAAUGUAUGGAGUGUAUAGGCUUUUGAAAAUACACUCGCCAGUGUUCUCAACCUAGUACUCAAUAGUGACAACCCCCUCUCCCACACACACACACACAUACUGUCACACACACACACACACACACACACACACACACACAGAUCCCUGCCUAACUCCACAGGCUCCCGGCGUUUGGGAUUUGCGCUCCUUUGAGGCCUGAGAGGAUGUGUUUGGGGGGGGGAUGAGCCGAGGCCAAAGCCUAAUGAAAUGUGUAAUUCGGUGAGGGUCUCUCCUGGCUCCGGCCCAGUGCUCCUGAUUAAAGCCCAGGGCUUCAAAGAGAAAGAGAGAGAGAGAGAGAGCCCCCCACACCGCCUGCCCAGCAGAGGAGACCUGAGCUGGGCAAAGCCCCCCCCACCACACCCCCCAACCGCUGGAUGGCCGAGGAGGGUCUUCUGGGAGAUCAGCCGCUCCACACGGACUCUGUGACUUGUUUUUACCCCUACUUUAAAGUGGGCUUAGUGUAGAGGUGUGAUUAUUUUAAAAGUGAUUUAAUGGUGGUUGUGCCCCCUUUCCUCCGCCAUAUUGUGCUGUGCUACAUUGGACAGAGUGAAGAGGUUUCACAAAUGCCCAUGCAAAACAAUUCCACCUUGUUUGAAAAGAAACGGUGGCGUCUCUUUUACCUGGUGAAAAUAUUGCCUUAAUUAACAGUGACUGUGCAUUUUGUUCUUUUCCUCCUGCCCAUUAUCUCUCUCCUCUCUCUCUCUCUUUCUCUCUCUUUCACACUGUGAGAAGGCCGUCAACCCCAUGCAGUUUCAGGGCCAUGAGAUGUCCCCAGUCCUCACUGUUGUGUACUCUCUUGUAAUAUAAAGCAGGGGGUCGUGCCGUGCUUGGGUUGUCCUUGUCCAUGCCCUUUGUGCAAGAUGUAUGUCUGAUUUUUCUGCACCUUAUUAAAACGACUUCUUUUUUCCAGAAA